UAGAUGGUAAGUAUGUCAUACUUGCGCAAGCGCUUAUAACGAAACAAGUAGCAGUGAGUUGCUGCCGAGGAACUUCAACUUCAAUAGUGCAAAGCGUUUCCUUGCGCGAUCAUGACGACUGCCAUCAAGAAAAGCAACGUAAAGAGCAAUUAUAAGGCUGACGUUAAUUACAGUCUUCAAGUAAAUCGUUGGCUUUUAAAACCAAUUGGUAUUUGGCCGUAUCCAGCGACAGCUUCAACGUCAACGAAAGCUUUCUCUUUUAUUUUAUUUUUAAUAUGCAUUGGAAUUUUGAUAUUUUCGAUAAUAUCCUGUAUACUGAAUAUCAUAUUUGAGGAGGAAGAUCCACAAGUCAAAUUGAAGACGAUAGCUCCGCUCAGUUAUUGGUUAUUAUCGUCAGUAAGAUAUUGUACCCUUCUGAUUCGAGCUAAUGAUAUACGUCGAUGCGUAGAUCGCAUAGAAGUUGAUUGGCGAAUGAUCAAGAAGAUCGAGGAACGCGAAACAAUGCUGAGAUGUGUGAAAACUGGCCGAUUCAUUGUUUGUUUCAGUGCAGCUUUCAUGCAUGGUGGAAUUUUUGCUUUUAACAUUCUCAAAGGAAUUACACCGGUAAUCGAGAUCAUUGAUAACGUCAGUGUCUCAAUCUAUCGAUUACCUUAUCCGUUUUAUAACAAGAUUUGGGAUACGAAUUUCACUCUAGCUCAUCAAGUUAUCCUUCUGUUACAAUUCGUGGUGACGUUCAUCGUUAAUUCCGUAAGCGUUGGAGCCGUCGCGAUUGCAGCUAUGUUCGUUAUGCACGCUUGCGGUCAGCUCGAUAUUAUGAGAUUAUGGUUGGAAUCUCUUGUCGACGAUGUUAACGAUAAAUACGAUUUGACGCAACGGAGAAUAGGGGUCAUCGUCGUUCAUCAUUUACGCAUUCUCAAUUUUGUAACUUGGAUAGAGAAAACCCUCAGUUUCAUAUGCCUCGUGGAAAUAUUUGGUUCCGUAUUCAAUAUGUGUUUCCUAGGAUAUUAUUGUAUAAAAUGCAGCGUCAUUGGUAUAAAAGCUUACCUGAUUAAUUGGUACAAUCUACCUGGAAAAUCACCCCUUGGUAUAGCUCUAAUAAUUUUAAGAUCCUCUCGAGUAACUACUCUCACUGCUGGAAAAAUGAUUCCGUUAUGUAUGUCCACAUUUAGCAACGUCGUCCAGACGGCAUUUGCAUAUUUGAAUAUAUUACGUAAGCGCGAAUUGACUACGCGAAACAUUCCCAUAAAAGUUUGUUUCCGUACGAUUCGCAUCAUGUUAAACGACAGCACGCUAUCUGAAACAUUAAUAUCAUUCUCAAAGUUCGCUAAACAGGAUUGGAGUUAUAGCAUUCAGUUAAAUCGUUGGUUCUUAAAACCGAUUGGAGCCUGGCCUCUCUCGUUAAGCGUUACUUUUCUAGAAAAAGUGAUUUCCAUCUGUUUGAUGACUAUCAGUAGCUUUUUGAUAGGAUUCCUGCUCGUACCAUGUGCUCUAUGCACGUUCCUUGAUCGAGAGGGUGAUCUCGACGCAAAAAUCAAGAUGAUAGGUCCUUUGAGUUUCUGCGUUAUGGCGGCCGUCAAAUAUUACAUCCUGACAUCCCGAGGAAAAACUAUAGCAAGAUGUAUCCAACGUAUUUGUGUAGAUUGGGAACGUGCCUCGUAUUAUUACAAAGAUCGUAAGAUCGUCGUCGAGAAUGCAGAGUUUGGUCGAUUUUUGGUCAUUUCCUGUGCAAUCUUCAUGUACGGCGGUGGUUUCUUUUAUUGCACCGUGAUGCCACUCUGUGCCAUAAGAACCGAGAUCAUCGAUAACAAAACCAUAAGAGCACCAUCUUUCCCGAUUUAUCGAAAGCUUAUAGAUCCACGGACCACUCCAUAUAUCGAGAUAGUUCAAUUUCUGCAGUCUUUAGCUGGCUACGUAAUCUAUUCCGUUACGAUAAGCGCAUGCAGUCUAGCUGCAGUUUUUGUCAUGCACACUUGCGGACAGCUUCAAAUACUGAUGUCUAAAUUGGACGAUCUCGUUGUUGGCGAGAGACAAACAAAUGAUCUUGAUUCCUCGGACAAACGGAUGGGAGACAUCGUAAAGUAUCAUUUGCGAAUAUUCGAUUUUAUAUCUUGGAUCGAAGAGCUCUUCAAUGAGAUAUGUUUUGUAGAAUUAGUGGGAUGUACAUUAAAUAUAUGUUUUUUGGGAUAUUACCUUAUGACGGAAUGGGAACGUAACGAAACAGUAGGAACAUUGACGUAUUGUACCUUGCUUGUGUCUUUAAUUUUUAACAUAUUUAUACUGUGCUACAUUGGAGAGCUUCUUGCUGAACAGUGUAAAAAUGUCGGUAAAACUUCCUACAUGAUGGAUUGGUAUCGUUUACCAAAAAAAAAAGCACUCGAUCUUACACUCGUAAUUGCUGUUUCAAACGCUCCUUUAAAGCUGACAGCUGGAAAAUUAUUUGAAUUGUCUUUGGCUAGUUUUUGUAGCGUAAGUAACAUUAAACAGUCAAUGUUCUUUCACUUUUCAUUUAUUGUUAUAUUAACGUUUCAGGUAAUCAAAUCAGCCUCAGCAUAUUUGAACUUGUUACGUACUCUCACUAAUUAAUUUAUUAAUUUCUAACAUUAAUCGAUCAUCUAGAAAAAAAAAAAAAAAAAAAAUUAAGAGA